GGUAAUGUAAUAAAAAAUAAUAAUUUUUUUCACGGAAAUAAAAAUAUGUUACAAAUUAUAUUGUAUCAAGAUGCAUUUGAAGUAUGUAAUCCGCUAGGUGCUUCAAAAAAAAAGUUUAAACUCGUCGGUCUAUAUAUGAUCCUUGCAAAUUUACCUGCUUAUCUGAAGUCAAAAGUUGAACAUAUACAACUUGUUUUUCUAUGUUAUGAAAAAUAUAUCACGUUCUUUGGAUGGGAAAAAGUAAUCCAACUCUUAAUACAUNAUUUACGAAAUUUAGAAGAAAAUGGAAUAGUUAUUUCUGUUGCAAAUGAGCCAAUUCAUUUUUUUGGUACUGUAGUAGCUAUGUUAGGCGACAAUUUAGGAAGUCAUCAAAUAGGUGGUUUUACACAAAAUUUUCAUUCCUCAGAAUAUUUUUGUCGAUUUUGUGAUAUAACUAGAAAUCAAUUACAAUUAACAUGUGUAUGUAAAAAUGUUAAUAGAAAUCCAGAAAAUUAUAAUUUAUGUGUAAAACAAGCGGAAGAAACUAUGAACAUGAUAAAAGGCAUAAAGCAAGAUUCACCUUUGAAUAAACUCAAUUAUUUUCAUGUAUGCAAUCCAGGGUUACCACCCUGUAUAGCUCAUGAUCUUUUAGAAGGUAUCAUUCCUUAUGAUCUUAUAUAUUGUAUUAAAUAUUUUGUUAAAGAAGGAUGGUUUAGUUAUGGGUUCUUAAAUUCUCGAUUGCAAAAAAUUAAAUUUAUAAAUGAAAAUAAAUUCAACAAUAUUCCAUUAAUAAAACAUUCGUGUAAAAUUGCAGGUACUGCAAGUGAUAUAAAAAAAUUAUUAUUGAUACUUCCUUUAGCUGUCUUUGAUUCAAUUAAAAAUAUUGAAAAUGAUGUUUGGUUAUUAAUACUGCGUAUUAGAGAAAUUUGUUCUUUGAUUUUUGCUUGUACAUUAUCCUUUGGUCAAGUUGCACUAUUGCAAGAAAAAAUCAAUGAAUAUUUAUUGCUAAGAUUAAAAUGUUUUCCAAACAUAAAAUUAAGACCAAAGCAUCAUUAUAUUUCUCACUAUCCUUCUUUAAUUAUAUCUUUUGGUCCGCUUAAACAUUUGUGGACUUUACGAUUUGAAAGCAAACACAGAUAUUUCAAAAAUAUUAUAAAGCAUUCGCAAAAUUAUAAGAAUGUAACAAAAUUGUUAUCAUACAAACAUCAAUUGUUACAAAGUCAACUUCCAGAAAAUACGUACUCUUCUUCGGUAAUAGCAGAUAAUGCCGAAGAAUAUAUUCCGGAAAAUUUUAGUAACAAUAUUUCCUCCGUUAUAGUGGAUUACUUUCAUGAUAAAAGGAAUGAAAAUUUUAAGUAUAUAGCUUCAAAAAUUACUUUCAAAGGCAUUACAUAUCAAACAAAUACGUGUAUUUGUGUAGGAAAGGAUUGUUAUGAUCACUUUAUCAUAUGCAAAAUCAAAUAUUGUUUAAUAAAUAAUUCUUACACAAAUGUAUAUUUUGUGGGUACCACAAUAAAAGUAGUAUAUAAUUCUGAUUUUGGAAUAUAUGAACAGUUCGAAGUUAAAAAUGAAGAACAUAGAAUCGAUAAAAUCUCUUUAUUUCCAUAUUGUGCUUUAUUAGCACCACAUCCUAUUCUUGAAACUUCUAUAAAUUCCAUUGCCGUUUAUAUCUUCAAAUAUGCGCCUCUUGAUCUUUGAUAUUAUAUGUCUUACUUGUUCAAAGUUUGGUUAGCCAAUAGAAAACAAAAAGUCUCAUUAAUUAUUAAUGAAUCUGAUAACAUGUUAUCUGAACUAAUUACGAAAAGUAGCAGCAAGCUUGGGAUUAAUGGUUUUACUCUUGUUAUGGAAAAGGACGGUACAAAUGUGGAUGAUAAUGAUGUUUUGAAAUUUUGCUCUGGCGAAACUUUUAUAUUAC